GGAAAAAACUCUCAGCUUAAAGACAGACCCUAGGAUUCCCAGUCUCCUACAAACAAACUUUAAUGAGGGAGAACUUCUGGGUUCAAUUCGACAACAUUCAGCCGGGCUUCCACGGAUUGCUGGUGGACAGGCUUGAACGACAAUAUACAGCGAACAAAGUCCUGAAAUGGAUUCUACCAACACCAGACUUCCUGGCGCCUCACUGUGGCACGUUGACAACAAUCCUAGACGUGCAAACGGAUGAUCCGCCUGUUUUCCCUCAGGUCUGGAAAUUCCAGAUUGAAAACAGGGUGAUUGAAGUAAGAAUUUCCAAGAGAACCUCGCCGAUCUGUUUUCGAUGCAGAGAACGAGGCCACUUGGGCACUGACCCGAGUUGUCCCAAGUUCUCGAAGCAAGCUAAAGAAGGGAAGCUUCCACCGAACAUGCUCGUAGAAGUGGAAGAUGCACCUGGUAUUUGAUAUGCUGAGAAGAAAAGGGCAAGGGAACGAGGAACGGAGGACAAGGACAAGACCAUCCCCACAACCAAGGACAACUUCCAGGACUUACGACCCAAGGCAAGGAGAUUGGGUAAGAACCAGAAACAGAAGGAAACCAACAACGACGAAACCGAGGCGGAAGAGAAAUCGGAACGAGACCUCUUAGAAAAAGAAGCGGUCGUGGUCAUGUCCCAAACGGAGAAACUGAGGAAGUGGAACAAGGAAUAUGCACCGGAAUUCACUACCAUUUCUCAGAUUGCUAACGGAAGGACCCCAAUGGUGUCGGAAUCGGCCAAAGCUGCUCGCAGAACGUUGAGGAAUAUCCACCUCUCAUUGCAACCAGCUGCCGUGGAAACAGAUCUGAUUGACCCCAGCGCGCAAGAGGAAACAGAAAGCAUCCAUUGUGGUAAGGGCGAGAUGACCAGGAACUCCCCAAGGGCCUUCUCACCCCUGAUAGCCAAGAUGUCAGAAUCAACAAAGUUGAGAUCAGGGAUGAUCUGGAAACCGUGGCGAACAGUGGCCGAGGUCCCUUACAGCAUCUUAGCCGGCAUCGGUGUGUCGGCAAAACUGAUGGCCACAACCGUGGCUCAAAUUGUCAAAUCAGGACAGCUGCAAGGGGACGAGGAUCUUGAUGCAAGAGCAUUCGCCCUGGACUGUGAAAGAUACUACAGAAGUGACGCCUCUGACUGUUCCUCGUGGGAAGGGGAUGAUGAAGGAGAGAUCCUGGGCUGGGACGUGGAUCUAGAAAAGGAAGGGAAUGACCUGAUUGACCCGGGGAGAACAGACAAGGCAGGAGAAUCCACAUUCUCCCCAUCAAAGGACAGCGGUUUAGGGUCUGACCAGGCGACAACUGGGGAAGGUGCGAGCACGGGUACCUCUCCACCUCCCCCUACCUAGGGUUCCUGGACCAACUAUUCCCUUUAAUCUA